AAACAAUAUUACAGGAGCGUAAAGUCUGUCUGUUCAGCCAGUUUCCAUACAUUAAUGGUUCAAAGUAGGUACCCAUUUUGGGCAGAGCCCCUAUUAUAACCUUCACCCUGCCAUGGACCAUUAUAUAAUGGGGAGUACCCUUCCAGACUUGCUUUUGAUUUCAUUUUUUAGAUAUGUCUGCACAUAUAACAGUAAUGAAUAUUGCAGGUGCCCACUGCUGUCAUAUUUUUUUUGUUUGCAGUGGUGUUGCAGUUCAAAUGAGAUUUCCUCUGUACAGCUGCCCCUCUCUCAGUGGUGUUGUCCCACAUUUGCUGUUCCUUCAGAACUUACCUUCUGUUGUUGUUGGACAUGUGUUGGGUCCUUGUCCUGGUGAAAUGAUUUUAGACAUGUGUGCUGCACCAGGUUUGUCUAGUGUACCUUCUAUCUGGCAUUGCAAGAAAGUUUGCGAAGAUGAUUUGAAGCGCACCCAAGAAGAUUCAGAGCUUGUAAAAAUGGCAUAUGAUAAUACAAAAUAGCUUGUGCGCAGACGUCUCCUAUUUCAGUGAUUUUGUUACCUCUGUGUCCUGCAUCCCUGAUGCAUAAAAAAUCCCCAAAGAUGCAAAAUAAUUCAUGGCAUACAUCUCGUAGAACGCAAAGAUCGAUCAAUAGAUCUGAAGAUAUUUUUGUAGAAUAUCCUGUUCGUCUUAUUUCUGUGGCAGUCAUUAUGGCUGUUGUUUUUUAGAUUAACUGUUUGGUGACAUAAAGGCCUUUUUUUUCCUCACUUUUUAAGCCCCAGUAUCCACAUACUAAUUCUCCAAACUGAUCUCCAUAUAUUUCCUUAAAGAAUGAGUUGAGAGAAUUUGAAAAAAAAGGCAUUUUUACUCGGGUGAUCAUUUUUUUAAUUCUCGUAACUUAUCUGUUGACAAUGUAUGGAUAUUGUUAGGAGAAAAUUUACCUUGGCCACUAUUGGGACUUAAAGGGUUUUAAAACUGGGACUCAUUGGUUAUGGACAGGGACUCAUCAUCACUUUUUGUAACAAAAUCACUUCUAUUUACUAGUGCAGCAAAAGAAAUAGGAGAUGUUUGCACGCAGGAUAAUGCAAAGUGAAUUGGUUUAAAAAUGUUGUUGUUCUUUUAGCCUGCGAGCAAGCUCUCCAUUUGGGGAAGUCACAAGAAGUCACACGAGGGCAGCACACAAAAGUAGACGUGAUGGAGAGCUUGUUUGUAGGCUAUUGUUCUUUGUAAGUUGUAACUGAAAUCGAGGUCAUCCUGGUUUUUAUCAAGGAUUUGAGAAUUGUGAUUGUCUAACAAAUUUGCCACACCCCCUGGCAUGUAUUGUGCUAUAAGUAGACCAAAAUCCUUCAAUAAGAAUGACCGAGACCAGGUUUUAGAACCAGGGAGGCUGAGCAUCCCACCCAAACCCUUAUUUUCACUAAAACCACUGGACGCCACAACCUGGUUGAAGUCAUUGUUAUCCAAGGUCUUCCUAAUAUUAGACAAAUGUUGGUUAACGUUGGUUAACUGUUGUCAGUGAUUGUAGUUAUCAUAUCGCAACCAGCCUUUAAUUCUUAUUUUUUUUCUUCCAUGUUAACAGGCGGAAAAGCAACUCACCUUGCCUCACUCAUGGAAGACCAAGUGAGUAGCAAUUUGAACUCCAUCUUAUUUACUUACAUUUAAAAGACUGCUAUUAUUACGGUUAAUAUUUUUGGAAUUAUUUUCAGGGUGUUGUAGUUGCUUUUGACAAGAGUGAACCAAAGAUAGAAAAAUUGAAGGCAAACUGUGACAGGCUUGGAAUCCAUUGUGUGAAGAGCUAUGUAUAUGAUGGCAUCAAGGCUGUUGAUCCUGACAAGCUAUGGGAUGCAGAAAACAGUGAGUGGAGAUAAAAAAGGACACAGCUUAAACCUUUCUUGAUUCUUGUGAAGAUUAUUUCAUAGACCGUGAGUGGUAGAAUGUGUAUACCAUGUCAACACUAAACUGAAGCAAAGCAAUAAGUUUGCCUGUUGUCAAAACGAUUUGGUAUGACCAUGUAAUUCAGUCAAUCAUUUUUAAUUGAUAUUUCUCAGAUUAAAUAUUUUUUCUUCGGUUGGACAGGUUCUUGUUUAAACCCUUUCUAGACACUCUUUCUUGGCUAUAUAUUUUCGAACAUUCAACUUUCAAAUUCUGUUGCAUUUUCAGUCAUCUGUUUCCGAUUUUUAAAAACGAUGUAUCACGUAUCAUUUGUUACUUAUUUCCCAGUGCAGCUCCCAGCCUCCCCACCCUACCCCUGUGGGACAUUUGACCGUAUUCUCCUGGAUGCUCCCUGCAGUGCAUUGGGUCAGCGGCCACAGUUUGUCAUCAGGAUGAAUUUGAAGGAGUUACAGUCCUACCCCAGAUUGCAAAGAAAGCUUUUCACUACUGUAAGUGAAGAGAACAAGUCAAGCUGUUGUUCUAUGUAGACGGUUGUGGAAAAUGUUUCUGUAACUACGAGGUAGUUUUAAUUGAAAAUUUUGUUGAUAAAAAUUCCGUAAAGUGUUUAUCCUCUCAGCCUGUGUAACAGCCGUUUCUGUUCCUCCCCAGCCAAGAGCGAGAAGCACGGUUGACGCAUGAGGGGGAGCAAAGCAAUGGAAGCUUCAAUUUUUGGUACUUUUCACCCCUUGCCCUAGCGUGUCUUGGCGCUUCUCCCGUAGGCUACAAUCUUGGACAAAAUUGACGGAGAAUUUAGACCCACCUCUCUUCAUGGGAAAAUGGUGUGUUUUUGCCUUUUUGCGGCUUCAUCCUUGAUUUUGAGGGGAUGGCUGCUUGCUAUUUCUUUAUUGCCCCCCACCUCCCCCCUAAAAAAAAAAAUCAAGGAUGGGAAAAUAAUAAUUGCGCAUUUUAGCCUUUGCGCGGCUUCAACCUUGAUUAUUCUGGGGAAUGGGAGUUUGCUAUUUCAGUUUUUUGAUCCACUGAAUCCUAAUCACUUCACUUUGUCUUUGCAGGCUGUAAGUUUGUUAAAGAAAGGCGGUGUGCUCGUCUACUCCACUUGUACCAUAACACCACAGGAAAAUGAACAACAAGUAGCCUGGGCUUUAAAGUCUUUUCCCUGUUUGCGACUAGAAAAACAGGUCAGCAGUCACUUAAUACUCCUGGUAUUAAAGAUACAAGAAAGUGCAUGGUGGUCUGUACUCUAAAGUGAAUGACGACUUCACCUUCCGCAAUCUUCAGUGGUGAUGUCCUUUUAUUCACGAAAACGUUUCUUUUUCUUUGAUUCUCUCUUUUCUUUUUCUUUUUAAGUGGUUAGCUCAAAAACCAUGCUCCUCUGACCACUGUGCACUUCUCUCAAAACCAGUCACUUUAUCUUUUCUUCUCUUAGGGCCUGUUUACAUGGGGGAGGGGGACUCCAGAUAGGCUAGGUAAUAUGUGGCGGGUCAUCCCACCUAUCAUGUAAACGUUAUCAAAUUAAAAUGAGAGAUCAUAUGGACAGGCGGGUUACCCCACCUGAGCGGGUUACCUCACCUACUUAGGGUUCCCCAAAACAGGCCCUUAUUUGUUGUUUUAUUCCUAUGUUGCUGUUUGAUCAAUGUCAGUAUUAUAUUGUGUGUAUCUUACUUGGUGUGAAUAAACAACUGAAACUUCAACAUUUUCUCUGAUCUCCAUCCUGCCUCGUAAACGCCAGGUGUAUGUAAAUGCCCAUUGCUUAUUUGAUCAUGUUUUUCUCCACAGACCCCUCAUAUCGGAGGACCAGGUCUUGCUAAUUGUGGUCUUUCAGAUGAUGAAAGGUUGUUAGUGCAGCGAUUUGAUCCCAGCAAACUCGAGGGAGAAAUAUCCGCACAUAACCGAGAUACUAUUGGUUUUUUUAUUGCAAAAUUUGUAAAAAUGAGCAGCUGA